CAAGUGAGAAGUUACAGAGACUCUAUCUGCAGAAGCAACAACAACAUGGAAGUUCUAGGCAUCAGCUGGUCACACUUCUGAAAGAGCUGGAGCUUCUUGAAACCCCGCUGGCAGCACAAGAACAGCACAAGGCCAAGCAUCAGACGCAGGAAGCCCACAUAGCGGCCGCCAUCACCUGGUGGAGAGGCCAGACUAAAGAGGGCAAGAAAAACCAGGCUGCCCAAGUUCCACAAGAAACUGUGAUGGACAUUCAGAAGCAGAUCCAAAGCCUGGAAGUCAAUCACAUUCCAGCCCAGCUGGAAGAGACUAAGCGUGGCAUGAAGGUGCUUCUCAAAGACCAGGGAACGAGCACCUGUGACGACGCUCAGAUUCAGUUUAGGGACGUGGCUGUGGUCACUGAUUCAUCAGCAGAGCGUUUGGCUGCAGAAGAGCUGCUGGAGUCUCUGAGGAAAGUGGAGGAUGUGGUUUCGCAGGCCUUGCGGGCAGCUCAGGUGCUCAUGGGCAGCGAGGAGAGGAUAGAGGCCAUCGGCAUGAGGGUGGAGAAAGCACUGAGCAGAGCAGAAGCUACUGAGAGUCAACUCAGUGCCCUGGAGGCCACCAUCUCUGCUAACACACAGUCAUUCUGUAUGUCUCAAUCCGAGGCCACCGGGCUCCUGGUGGAUCGUAGCUCAGCCGCCGUUAUGUCCUUUUCCACACCCGAACCUGUCGCUCAGGAGAGCAUCCUCACUCCACUUUCAUCUGAAAACGGUGGCUCACUUCUGCACACGCCAGCAGAGGAACACAGCAACCAGGUCAGCCAAAACCCAGAUGCAACCCUCCUAGAUCAGGAUCCUGGUUCACCAUCUGAGCUUUGGCGUAGACGUGCUGUCAGAGUUUGCUACGAGCCAGUGUCUACCGGUCUUCCAUCUGUGGGAGCGCUUACCCUACAGAGUCCUGCUUUAAUCUGUACUGAGAGCUCUUUGCCGGGACCGUCAGCUUGUGAGGAGCCCACGCCGCACAACAGACAGGAGAAUGUAGCUGGGUUAGACCGGCCAGCAAGCAAUGACAUCUUCCUCUCAGAGUCAGAGGCUAUUAGGAACACCUUAGCUGUAAAGGAGGAAACGUGCAGGAGUCUAAAUAAAGUAGAGACUGGAUGUGCAGGAACUGAGCUACAAAACAGUAGAAGACAAAUAGAGAGUUCUGGGAAGUGCCAAAAAUCAGAACAUAGCAGCAGGACAGAGGCCUUAAAACUUCUGAACCAAGGGCAGCCUUCCAAGUCAGCGGACGUCUGGGAUAAUCAAGGAUUCAAUUCAUCAGGGGAGACCCAAGUAGAGGAGACUGGGAGUUGUCAAGAGGGAAGAGGAGAUUUAGAAUGCACUGGGAGGAGUCAAGCGGAAUCCAAAAGCAGUGGACAGAGUCAAGCAAGGACAGGGAACAGUGAGACUCAAGAGGAACGCAAAACAAGUGACUCAGAAACAUCAAAGAAUCCAAGUGUCCAAGGUGAAGAUCUAACUGACACUCCAGGGGACCAAGAGGACCCCUCUGCUGUAUGUCAGUUCACACGCUCACGGGGUGAGCAAACUUCACUAAAGAGAGCUCAUAGCUUUGUGACAAAGUCUGUCACUCCUUUUAUCUUCCCUCACACACGCUCUCAGCCCCUGCUCAUCCCCACCAUGCCCACUCUUCCUGAGGAAGAGGAAGAUUCCCCAGAGGAGCUCGACAGUACAUCCAGUUCGCCCUCCACAUAUGCUCCAGUUGAAAGCAAGAGGGUGAAUGUAACCAUGACUCCACCAGCUAUUGUGCUUCCAAGACAAGUCAGCAAGCAAGAGCCCUGUCCUCUGGAGAAAGCAAGCCCUAGGCCUCGUCUCUCCCGAAACUCUGCAUCUUCAUGUCCCAUCACCGCAGUGGAUGAUGAUGGACACGUGAUAGACCUGGUGAAGGAUCAGCUUCCUGAGCUGCAGUUAUCUGAAGAGGAUCGUCAGAAGAAUCUGGAGCUGCUCGAGGAGGCCAAGAAAGUCAGCGAUCGCUUCCUGCAGCGCAGAGGCCGACGCUCCACCUGUAGUCUCAGUGAAUCUCCAACAGCUCUCUCUCCAAACCCAACGCCAUGCUCCUCCCCCAGACCAUCCAGAAGCAGUUCCCUCUCCUCACCCUCACAGCUAGGUCCUGAGGUCACCUCAACUCCUCCAGGUAGUCCCUCCAUAGCUAAGCAUCUGGAGGUACCAUCUACCCAUGACCAAGGGGACACCACUAAACCAGAGCAGGAGACCUUCACGAGGCUAGUAGAUUGGAUGCCCAGUGACAAGCGAAAGGUAUCCUCUGGGACUUUAACCCCGCGUUAUGCCACCACUGUACCAGCCAGAGAUCCCGCUGUGGUUCAGAAGGAGAAGCCAGACCAUCAUGCACCAGCGGACAAGGGGAAGAACUCUGAACAUGCGGCCCAGAAAAAGGAAGAGACUUCUGGCUGUGGCAUCAGUCAACCUCCAGCUACAGGAGUAGCCAAACCCGUCCCCCGGCCACCUACACAGCAAGCCCCAUGCACGGCCGAAAUCAAAACAAUAGGGGCCUUCCCUCCUCUGAUGAGAGCCGUCUCCUGGGACACGGUGGGCUCCAUGAACAUGAGGAAUACAGCUCCCAAAGGGGAGGACAAUCUCUCAGACAAAUCAAGGGAGUCUCUGUUUAAGUCCUCCGGGUACAAGGACUUCCCUGUGCCACCUGGGAGCGUUCAAAAACUGUCCAAAUUGCGCGAGGAGCACAAACUGAUGCGUAACCAGAGCAUCUCCAGCUCAAAGCUUCCUGACCUGAAUGAAACGACCGAGCAGGAACGAGGUCCAUCCUCUCCGCUCACCAGCUCUCCCAGUGAAGAGGAGGCCAAAGAGAAACCUGACGCUAUGCCCAACAUUUCAGACGUCAUGCUACGCAAACUCAAACUGCACAGAGGUUUACCUGGAUGCGCACCCCCGCUCUCAGAGAAGGAAGUUGAGAACGCUUUUGUGCAGCUUUCGCUGGCAUUCCGCAACGACAAUUACACGCUGGAGUCGCGGCUGAAACAGGCGGAAAGGGAGCGCAACCUGACUGAGGAAAACACGGAGAAGGAACUGGAAGAGUUUAAAAACACUCUCAAGAACACUGUGUCACUGUGGCAGAACAUGGAGCAGCGAGAGUUUUACCAGCACCUCUUCGAAACGAUCGCCGUAUUGCACCGCCUGGCCAACCGCCUCUCCAGCCGGGCUGAAAUGGUGGGAGCUGUGAGACAGGAGAAGAGAAUGAACAAGGCCACUGAGGUGAUGAUGCAGUACGUGGAGAAUCUGAAGCGGACGUAUGAGAAGGACCAUGCUGAGCUGAUGGAGUUUAAGAAGCUUGCCAGCCAGAACUCCAGCCGCUGCUAUGCAGGAUCAGUGGACACUGGAGAGGAUGGUGUUCCACGUACAUCAAGAUCCAUGUCUGUGCAAAUGGGAAAGGCUUUGCCCAGACGAAGAGUCAGUGUGGCUGUAGUUCCCAAGUUUAAUCUACUGAACAUCCCCGGGCAGACGCCAGCUGCCGCUGGCCCUAAUGUUGCACCCGGUGCACUUCCUGUGGUGUGUGAGGUGAACACCAUUAAGAACAGCAGUUCCUCAGACCCUACACAACAAGAUGUGCCUGACAAAUCCAGUGGAAACCCUCUGACGGAGCAGGAAAGUGAAGCAAUGCCAACCAAAGUUGUCUGCAGUCCAGAGAAGAUUACAGAAGAGAUCAAAGCCAAGAUUGAAGAAGCAGCAUAUAACAAAGGAUUCCAAGAAGGACUUAAGAGGUCUAAAGAACUUCAGGAGCUGAAGGAGGAGGAAGAGAAAGCAGAAGAGAAGCAGAAGGACUCUGAGGAGGAAGCAAGAGGAAAUACUGAUAAAGACAGGAAGACUAAUAGCAGGUUCGAGGAGGCAUUAGAGGUCUUUGACCGGAUAUUCCCAAAAUUCUUCCGGCGAAAUCGAGUGCUUUGGAUCGUCCUCACUCUGUUUUUUGCUUCAUUCAUUCUUGUCAAUGUCAUAAGCUUCUUCAGUAACCGCUACAGUGAGAGCGGAGACACAUCUGCAGAGAAGUCCGCCGUCCCAGGCAAGAAGACGUUUUUCGGACUGAAUGUAGGGUCAAAGACCCCUGCCCCAGAAUGACUUUAUUCCCAUCCAUCACGGAGAGACUGAUUAACACAGCUCAUAUUGUUUCUACCAGUCUUUCACACUGCAUUUAGAAAAUAGCAGAACUACUUGUUACUGUUUAGGGACCAAGUGUGCUUAGAUGAGAAAUCAGAUUUGCUUUGUAAACUAAAUUGAUAAAGUUAUAAUACUUGGGGUUGGGAAAGUUGGGAUUUCUUGUUAUUGCAGAGAAAUGUUUUCGAAGACUGUCACGUUUGAUAUAUGAUUACACCACUCGAACCUUACGAUUAAACUUCUCAGGUUUUGUGAAAUAUAUAUUUGAAAUAUUACGUACAAUAUUUAAUACAAAAUUUGGUACAGUAUGUUUUAAAGUCUUUGCAGUUGUUUAUGUUGUCAUAUGUUUAAUUGACAUUCCAAGGUAGAUCCUAAAGUGCAAUAUUUUGCGACUGGUAGUUGACGGUUGUGUGGGGAUGUGCCUUCAGAGCACUGAGUUUGAUCGUUCAGAAUGUUUCACUAUUUUGAAGAGCACUUUUAACUAGCAUGAAAGAAUUCAUAUUUGCACAUGUGUGCUUGUGUUUACUGUUGUGCCA